AUGCUGUCUGCGAUUCUAGGCGCAGCCAUUGUGCUGUACGUGGCAUACUUUGCCUUAACUUCGAUUCAAGCCAAGUACAAGCACCAUCGACAGGCCCAAGCUUGGGAGUGCCAAGAUCCUCGUCGCGUUCAAGCUCCUUACUUUGGCGUGGCAGGCUUGGUGCGUUCGAUUAAAGCCUAUCGUGAGAAGAGAUUACUCACCUAUAUUGGUUCCAUUCAUGAUGAAUACGGGAAUACCUUCAGACAGUCCUCGCCAAUCCACGCUAUCACAUCUACUAUUGAACCUGAAAAUGUCAAGACAAUCCUUGCGACAAAGUUCAACGACUUUGGACUUGGGACACGCCACCGACAAUUCUACCCUUUAUUAGGUGAUGGUAUAUUCACACUCGACGGUCCAGGAUGGUCCCACGCUAGAGCGUUAUUGCGUCCUCAGUUUGCUCGUGAACAAGUGGCUGAUAUCGCACUUCUCAACGACCAUGUGACCAGCCUAAUUGAUCUCAUCCCCAAAGACCGAUCUGGCUUUGAUAUCCAACGCUUAUUCUUUUUGCUGACAAUUGAUUCUGCGACUCAUUUUCUUUUCGGAGAGUCCGUUGGUGCCUUAGAGUCCGGGACAUCCAAAGGAAGUAUUCUGAAUACUUCUGCUGUUGGAGGCGCCGCCGGGUUCGCAGAAGAGUUCAACAAAAGUCAAGACUACCUUGCCAUCAGAUCCAUCGCUCAGAACUUGUACUGGGUGAUUAACCCUAAAGAGUUUCAAGAAGCAAACCGAAAAGUUCACGAAGUUGUGGAUUACUACGUGAACCUUGCCUUGCAAGCAAGAGCAAGCCCGUCGAAGGAGCUCUCAGGCGACCGCUACAUCUUCCUCAAUGCUCUUGCUGCUGAAACACAAGACCCUAAAAUUUUGAGAGAUAGUAUGCUCAAUAUUCUCCUGGCCGGGCGUGACACGACUGCCAGCCUUCUUAGCUCCACAUUUUACUAUUUGGCUCGUCACCCGGCAACCUGGAACAAACUUCGCCAGGAGAUUGUCAAAGUGUUCGGCGAUAGCCGUCAGCCCUUGGCGGAAAUCACCCAAGCAAAACUCAGAGACAUCACCUAUCUGCGCCACGUGCUCAAUGAAGUCCUGCGCUUACUGCCACCGGUACCCAUGAACUUCCGCGUCGCGAACAAGGACACUAGUCUUCCGGUUGGAGGCGGGCGUGACGGCACUGCUCCGGUUUACGUGAAAAAGGGAGACAUAGUUGCAUACAGUGUGUAUAACAUGCACCGCCGAACAGACUUCUGGGGAGAGGACUCACAUCUCUUCCGUCCGGAGCGAUGGGAAGAAAAUGCAAAGCAUGGAUGGGACUACCUUCCUUUCAAUGGAGGGCCACGUAUCUGCUUAGGCCAACAAUAUGCGUUGACGGAAGCUAGUUAUACUAUUGUGAGGCUGAUGCAGCACUUCGAUACUUUGAAGAACGCGGAUCCAGAUACACGCAAGGAACCAGUGUUACUGUCUAACCUCACUCUCUCGCAUGACCAGGGUGUGCUUGUAAAUUUAUUUUCGUCGCACGAUGCGUGA